AUGCGUCGUGCAUCUUUGUUUCAGGGCCGGUGUAAUCGAGAGAAGCCACCUUGCAAGUAUUUCCAUCCCCCGCAGCAUCUGAAGGACCAACUCUUGAUAAACGGGCGCAACCACUUAGCGCUGAAAAACGCGCUGAUGCAGCAGAUUCAGCAGGGCCUCACGCCGGGUCAGCCUCUCGUGCCCGGGCAGGUACCCGCAGUGGAGGCACCGGCACCUCCGGCACCACACCAUCACCUUCAACAGCAAAUCCAGCAGCAACUUCUCGCUACCCACGCCUUUAUGGCGACGAAUCCGUACCUGACCGGUAUGCCGCAGGUUGGCAAUACGUACAGCCCGUAUUUCGCGCCCAGCCCGAUAAUGCCGGCGAUAAUGGGUCCGGCGGACCCGACGGGCGUCGGCAGUCCGCUCGGCGUGGUGCCGCAGACGGUGGCGAUGCCGCAGAAGAUGCCGCGUACCGACCGCCUCGAGACGGCGACGAUGCCGACGAACGUGACGGGAAUGGGUGCGUUGGCUGGCGGAGUAUCAGGAGUGCCAGCGACUGCGAUGCCCGGAGGACUUCAGAGCGCCGGUAUGGCGAGCAUCGAGCUCGGCAAGAAGCGGAUGCGCGACUCCAAUGAUGAUCUGCUAAUGAUGGACAUGAAGUCUGUCGGGUCGUUCUACUACGAGAACUUUGCCUUCCCAGGAAUGGUUCCGUAUAAACGACCGGCGGCCGACAAGUCCGGCGUGCCGGUCUAUCAGCCUACCGGUGCGACGACCUAUCAGCAGUUAAUGCAGCUGCAGCAGCCCUUCGUGCCUGUGUCAUGUGAGUACACUGGAACACCACCCCUACCCACCCAAACCUCUAACCAAUCGGUCGUGCAACCCCCGAACGUGCAAAGCAACCAUCACGCGAUGGUGGUGCAAUCCUCCUCCCAGGGAGCCGCUGGCGCCACAGUCAAUAACUGCGCCGACGCCAACAAUGGCGUGCUGAUGGAUCCCUGCAACAAUCCGCCGCCGCCACCUCCGAACGCUGACAAUAACAGUAACAAUAGUAACGGCAAUAACAAGCAGCCGAUUACAACGCAGAAUCACGAUAUUGAAAAUGCGCGCAACUCCCCCGAAUUGAAUCACUCGAGUCCAUCGUCGCUGCAGCAGCAGCAGCAGCAACAACAACAACAGCAGCAGCAACAGCAGCAGCAGCAGCAACAGCAGCAGCAGCAGCAGCAGGUGCAACAACACCAACAACAGCAACAGCUCAAUCAGCUGGCGUUGCCACCGGCGAUGAGUCCGUUGACCUCGAUGGCCGGCCUGACCUCGAUGCCAGGCGUGAUGAACAUGGCCUCGAUGGCCUCCAUGGUCUCCAUGGCGACCAUGUCACCGAUAACGAACAUGACCUCCAAUUAUAACGCUGCCUCCAAUAUGGCGAGUCUAAAUGUGCUCAAUAGCCUUGGAAUGGCAUCCGGCUUACCGGGCUCUCUCGAUCCAGCGACUCUGGCGAAAGAGGUCGCCCAGAAAAACUACGCUAAGGCCAUCAAGCUCUCGCAGGCCUCCCAGUCUUACGGCAUUGGCCAGCUCGCCGCGCUCAAUUACACCGGCGUAGCUUUGAACAAGCAAAACCUCAUGAAUCCCGCCGCGGCGGCGGCCGCUGGGAAUCCCGCGAUGGCGGCAGCCAGUCUGCAAGCCACCGCGGCGACUCCCAGACCCGUCAUCCCCGGUCUGGCCGGUAUCCCAGGCGCCUUGACCUCACCGCUGUCCGCGGGUAUUCUGGCGUACUCGAGACCGCCGCCCACAGCGACCCCCAUAAAUCCAUACUCCUUGAUCAGACAGCAGAUCUUGCCGAAUCCGUACGUCCAGGCGUCGAUACCAGGCAUGCCCGGUGCUGCGGCCAUGCAGACCGCGCCCUACGUUCAGAAUCCCUAUGCCGUUCUACCUGGAGUGGCCGGUGUACCCGGGGUAGCGGCCGGCGUCGCGGCCGCGGCUGCGGCCGCGGGUGUACCGACCGUGCCGCAGAUACCGCAGAUAGGCAAUCCGGCGACGAUAGCGGCGCAGCCGCAGGUAGCGAUCCCCGUGAGCUCCGGGGUGAUCAUGCAACCGUACAAGAAGAUGAAGACGUCGUAAAGACGUCUCCCUGCCUACCGGCUCGUCGGGGGAAGACUCGUCUCUUCUCACGAGAGAGUGCCGUUCCUUUCCUCGGGCACCUUCCGUUCUCUCCCUCGCGGGAACGAACCAACGAUUACGCUAAGCGACAGUCGCUAGUCGGAUAAUAAUCGCCGUCGUCGCGGCGAUCGCGGAUAUAUUGGCGUAUUUUAGAUAAUUCUAGAGUAUCUUUACGAUUAGCGCUCAAUUUAGCGCCGAGACGAAUGAUGGAUCGUAACAGUUGCUGUAUUACGAAUAGAACUUCGCGAUUAUAUUUUCGUAGUCUCGUAGUUUCAGUCUCAGAGAUAACGAUAACGAUAACAGAUGGCUAUUCGCGUUUAGAGGUGAUAGCGUUUACGGAAGCGAAAGGUUCUCUUUAAGAUUAAUUAAUAAAAUACACCAAAUCUAUACGAUUGAAACAAAUGAAUAUUUGGUACAUUAGUUUAUAUAAUCCAGUGGAAAUUAGUUCUAGAAUAUGUUAUACCUUUUGAAAUAAAUUACAUAUUGGAGUCAACUGGAAUUGAACUCCUUUAUUCAUACGUUGUUGAUUUGAUUUUCUAUAUUUUGCUAAUAAAGAUUAGAGAAAAGAAGGGGCGAAAAA